AUGCUAAUGAUAUUUUACAAAGGAGUAGAAAUUAAUAUUUGGAAUUCCAAUAUAAACCUUAUGCAUCCACUUCAUGAUCAAAAUGGGCUUGUGGAACCAAUACCUGUCAACUUUAGUAGUAAACUAUUGGGUGUUCCAUGUGGCAUAGGAAGUUGUUGCUCUUUUUCUUUGUGGCUAAUUAUCCAGACUAAGUUGAAUGAAGAGUAUCCAAGCCAUCAUUCAAGCACAGCUUUGAUGUCAACAAUGGGAGCAAUACAAGCCACUGUUCUUGCUCUUUGUUUUGAUAGAGAAUGGAGCCAAUGGAAGCUUGAUUACAAUAUCAGACUUCUCACUAUUGUUUAUUCGGUUGUGACUAGGGUCUAUAGGUGUCGCAGUCAACAUGGUUGCAAGGAGGCUUGA